ACCGUUAUGAUGCACGCAUCGUGGUCUUCACCCAACUGACUCACUUCACGAAUAAGACCUCCCAAUUACCGAUGCCCUGAAACCGCCCCUGAAAGAAUUAGCUUGAAGUUUUCAGGGAAUGUGCCCAGCCUAGUUCUAAGAAAAGUCAGACAAUUUCAGCAUCCUAGCUUCAGUCGUUUCGAAGACUUAAAACAAAAAAACAAAAAAAAAAAACGAAGGGAUGGAUGAAAACAACCACCUGCCACUUAUAGGCUUAAACUAUUUACUAUUUUGUGCUUAUAUGUGUUCGUCUGUUUUUUUUUUUAAUAUUUCUUCCUAGACUGACGAAAAAAGCUGUAAUCCUUUCGAAAGCUCCCAAUAAAAAAAAACUUAACCCUCGCCGGCACGGAGGGUUGAUGCAACCCCUAAGGGUUUUCGCAAGUAACUCGCGGAAAAGCGGUCGAUCGCGACGAAGUUUUCAGUACCCUCGCGUUUAUCAAUUUUACACAUACCCUACAAAUUUCAUGAUCCUGACCCAAAUGACCUUUGACCUGUGACCUUUUUCCGAGACCAUGUUCGGCCGGAAUCGCGAUUUGGCGUAUGUCGGCUCGCAUUAGCCGCGAGUUUGCAAUGUGUUCGUGGUUUCAAACGAACACCAAACGUUCACACAUGUGAUUUGAUGUUGCUCCCAUGCAUUGGAGUGGAUGUCAAGGACCAAGGUCACCUGAAGGUCAGGUAAGGUCAUUGACCUUUGAUUACCUCGGCUCACUUUUUCAAGUUAUACAUACAUGUUUCUGGGCUAGUUUUUGGAGCUGAAUUCGAUUUAAGCAACCAUUUGAACAUUUACAAAGUAGUUUUGGUGCCUUCGUAACAUGUUGCAAAGCUGUCAGUGGUACUUGACAGUUGACACCUACUAUUGAUACCCGGUAGGCGGUAGUACGCCUACUGGUUGACCUGACCUGACCUGACCUGACCCAACUUGGUCUAAAUGCAUGAGGACAUCGUCUGUGAUCAAAACUAACAUGAAAGUCAUGAUAAACACCCCGAAACAAAACAUAGCAGUCUCACCUUACGAAGUUCUAACAGGUCCCGAUUUUCCGACUUUUGGGUCAUGGACAUGACCUUGAAGGUCAAACAAUUACCUAGGACCUGACCUAAAAGUUGGGUAUCAUCGGCUUCCUCUCGUCACGGGUAACACGCUCGUUCUUUCCGCGAAGCUCUAGCUUGAUCAGGGGCCGAACGGCGGGGAAAGUGUCCAACCGACCCUUCCCCUCCCCUGCACAGUGCACAUUGGACGCUGGAAAACGCCGCACACAGGCGAGGACUAAACAAUGACUCUAUCACAUACUAUCUGUCUUAGAAACAUUAGCUCCGACACAUUUAGAUUAGAAGUCCAUCAUAGUGAAAUACUUAUACUCUACUGUUUAUGCAGCAAAGUGAAAGUUCAGCAAGAUUUUGUCCGACUUUGCUUGCUUUUGAAACAUCCAAUGCACUAUGGACUAAUGAACACAAGGAAAAUGAAGGAACACUUAAAUUGAUAGCAUGCGAGGAUGAAGAAGAAUCAGCUUUGAAUCAGAUUAUGGAAAAAUGAGUGCAAACCGGCACUUGCGGCCCUUGAUCAACAGAGACGGUCAAUCUAAUUCAAUAUACCCUGGUGUACACCUGACACCAGGACCUUUCACAACUCAGGUGCCAGUCGGAAUAUUUUGAAAAGCUCAUUUUCAAAUAUUCUUAUAGUUUAUUUUUCGAGUUUGUUUGUCAGCCCUUGUCUCCUGCCGCCUCCGUUCCCGUCACCCAGCCAUCUCCGCGGCUCGGCGCCGGUCGGCCGCGCCCUGCCAUGGCCGUGUGUCCAGUGCUGCUCUCGGAGGAGAGCCGCGGCCGGCUGGCCAGCGCGCUGCUGCUCCUCCACCUGACCGUGGCGCUGCUGGCGCAGGCCCUCUACCUGCUGGCGCUGCACGUGCGCCAGCAGUUGCGCCAGCGCGCCGCGCUGCUGCGCGACUACGAACCGGACACCGUCAGCCGACUGCUGACGACAACGGCCGUCCUGCUGGCCGCCUUCCACCUGCCCAGCGCCAAGGUCUGCCAGGACAUGGGAUACAAGGACACCAGACGCCGCUGGCACGCCUGCUUCCUGAUGUGGCUGGCCGUCGAUCUCGGCGUUAGUAUCGCCACCAUCGUACAGAUGGCAGCACUGUUCCGACAACGGGUGCUCAUUACCGACGCGUUCCAGCUGGGUUUCCGGCAGGCGAUCACCGAGUACGACGACCGGCCGGCCGUGAAGAGCGCCGUGGACCGUGUCCAGCUGGAGGGCGGCUGCUGCGGCUCGGCCCUCUACCGCGACUGGUUCCGCGUGGCCUGGGCUGACCCGGAGCAGGUCAACGAGCUGUCUCUGUUCACCGGCGACCGGCGGAUGCGGGACGGCCUGUGGCUGGUGCCGUGGGCGCCCUGGAGCUGCUGUAACGCCACCCACCUGGGGCCGUGCGACUCGCUGUGGACGCUGGCGCCGCACCGCCUCACCGAGCAGCAGCAGCGACAGCGCCACGCCGACAUCGACAAGGAGAUGGCCCGCCUGUUCCCGGACAGCGCGCCCAGAAGGUACCGGGACGCCGACGGCGCGCUCCUCUCCGCGCACCAGGUGGAGCAGGUGCUGCGCCAGGAGCGCGCCAGGGUCCGCGCCAGGAGGAGCGCGCCGGCCGCAGGUGACGGACGGGCCCCGACGGCUGGAGCCGCGGCCAGCAACGGCACCGCGGCGGCCAGCAACGGCACCGCGGCGGCCGGCGGCGACUGGGCGGCCGUCCAGCCGGCGCCCACGCUCGCCUCUAUGAUGGCCGGCCUGGUGGGCGAGGCCUGGUUCAGCGCCGACAUUCCGGAGGAGGUGGCCGUGCCGUCCGCGCUGUUCGUGAACACGCUGAACGCCAGCGACUACCGGCGCCGGCUGCGGCGGCUCGAGCUCCGCUCGUACAGCCCUCCGCAGCGGGAGGCCGUGCGGCAGCGGCAGCUGAACCAGCGCGGCUGCGCGGCCUUCCUCUCGGAGCUGACGCUGGAGCUGCUGGCGCCCGCGUACGGCGUGCUGCUGCUGGUCGUCCUCUGCCAGGUGGCCGUGCUGGCCGGCGCGCGCUGGCUGCAGACCUCCUGCGACCUGGCGCGCCGCUGGGGAGGCGACCAGCUCACGGCGCCCGGCUACCUGCUCUUCAGCUGGCCGUGCACGCUGGGCGAGGGCCAGGAGCUGCAGCCGCCGCCCGAGGACCCGGAGGCCAUCUUCCACAUGAACGACGAGGAGGAGGACAUCAUGGGCUCCCUGGGGCUGGAAGGCGUGCGCGAUGCCCUGAACGUGGCGCAGGGUCUGGCGUCGGGGGACGCGCGCGAGGCGCUGGGAGCCGUCCAGGACACGGGCGUGCUGGAGGGGACGCGCCUGGAGGGGGCCGCCCAGCUGCUGUCGGCAGCGGCCGGCGACGAGGACGACUGAGCCGCCCUGCUGACGCCGGCGGGCAGAGCACGACGUGCGGCAGAUCGCCACAGGUGACGGUGACUGACGUUUGAGUCAGUAUAGCCAGCUGAAGAUGUCGUUCAAACGGAGUCUCACACACGGAUGAUUUAUGACCCAUACGCAGCGUGACCGCACAAUGAACGGCGCUGAUUUUCUGUAUAGGUAGCGAAAACCGUGAACAAGCCAAAUCAGCUCAGUUCUACGGGAUCUAUGAUCCCGUAGGAUGAGAUCCCAGCUCCAUUUUCCUAGAUUCGUGCACAUUUCUGACGCCGUGACCCCUCCCAGUGCGAACCGAAACACGAGGGAGCGGCGAAGAAGGGGAGAAUGUGCAGUUUCAGCCACCGCUGCGUAUCAGAGGGUGCUGCAAGAGGAGGAAGGACAUGUUCAAGCGCGCACGAAGCAGGGAAGGACACCCAGCGAAGCCCAAGAACUCUAAAAUAUCCGCCAGCUGCGAGCAUGUAUGCGGGUCUUAUUCAGUGACAAGGAAAAGAUCCAAUUGCACCUCAACCCCAGCCGGUCCAAUAGCAAUGGUGUUGCACCGCAACGGCAGCUACAGGCGCUCAGUACCUAAGGGAAUGGGGGGAAUGGGUGGGUGCGGUGCGAUAUAAUUUUUGCAAAAAAGGCGCCUGAGAUGUGUGCCGCCAUCGGGAGAGAGGAGAAGUGGCUCGUAUCAGAUCGAUGCGAACCACUUCUCGAUUCUCGAACGAACAGUGCAGCAUCAAGCGCUUGAACAGAAUGGCCUGAGCUCCUACUCUGUUUACGCUUGUAUCUGUUCACGUGUAUCGUAUCUGAAUGCAGAAAAAAAUUGUUGCUUUUUUAUAUGUUUUCUUUCGGUGAACAACAACCGAGCAUAGUAUAAGUAAAAUACAUAGAUAGCGACGCCAAGGCUCGAAAAAGUGCUUAAAAAACAGACCUCUGGUGUAAUCCGCCUUAGCGACUGUAUAAUAAACGCCAAACGGACACUGUUGGUUCCUACUUCCUAGUUCCUACUCAGCACUUUCCUAUCUUUCAUUCUCACUUGCGCAUAUUUAUGAUUGCUCUCUUACUACAUAGAAUGCAUUCAUUAACGCAUCCAAACCCGUUCCGAAUGCUCGAAAUGUAUAAACAGAAGUU